AUGGCCUUCCUCUCCUACGCUUCCCGUCAACUGGUUGCAGACUCAGACGACGUCUCGAUGAUCUGGGUCAUCGCCAUCCUCAGCGUCCUGGCUUUUUUGAUGGUGUUUGCAGCGCUGCAUCGACUCCUUCGACCUGUCGACAGGCUACCAGCACCAUCCGGUAAGAAGUGGAAGCUGCCUCCAGGACCUUCAGGGUGGCCAUUCAUUGGCAGUUUACUCCUCUACAGCAAAGGCGAGGUUGCUGCUCAUCAGAUUGCGGAGUAUGGCGAGAUGACUACAACUCAUCUGGGCUCCAAGCUCUGGGUGGUACUGAACAGCAACCGCUUGGUGUCAGAACUGUACGGCCGCAAGGGCAGUGUCACGAACGGACGGCCACCGUACCCGAUGGUCAGCGGUAUGAUCAGCCAGAACAGACGUUCUGUUCUGCUUCCGGUGAACGGCUGGGCUGAGCGCCGACGAGUUAUGCAUCAGCUGUUGAGCGGUACGGCACUCGCGAAAUACCAGGAUUAUCAAGACAUGGAAAGCAUCACCCUUCUUAAAGGAUACCUGCACCGACCACAAGCCUGGUAUGUUCACAACCGGAUCUACUCCAACUCAGUCAUCCAUCGCAUCACUUUUGGUGAGAGACCGCCGGAGGGCGACAACGUCAAGGAAAUUGCCAAAGCACAGUUCGACUUCCUGACGAAUGCACCGCCCUACAAUCUGUGGGACUGCUUCCCGGAGCUCACAAAACUGCCAAUCAUUUUCCAAUGGUGGCGCCACAAGUAUGCUGCAAUGGGACAUGCAACGCACGCGGCCUACGCCAGAUACUGGACGCCAUUGAAAGCAGCCAUCGAGCAAGGCGACCGCCCACCUUCGUUCGCCCAAGAUCUGAUUUCUGGAGAGGGCAAGUUCUCAGGCACAGAGACCGACAAGAUGUUUCUGGCGAUGCAACUCGUAGAAGCAGGCAGCGAUACCACACGACUAGCCAUCAACAUCUUCAUCCUGGCCGCCUUUUCCAAUCCUGACAAAUUCCAGAAGGCCCGCGACGAGGUCGACAGUGUCUGUGGCGGCAGCGGUGAAAGACUUCCCGGCUUCGAGGACGAGAAGCUACUGCCAUACAUCAACGCCUUCGGAAAGGAGAUGCUACGGUGGCGGCGAGUCUUCGCCUGGACGCCAGAGCAUACAUUGACAGAGGACCUCGCCUUUGAGGGCUACUUCUUUCCCAAGGGCACAAACUUUGUCAUCAACCACGCCAGCAUAGCUAAUGAUCCCUCGGCGUACGAGAGUCCACAGUCUUUCCAGCCUGAACGCUUUCUUGACGGGCACGAAACAGACAUGGGCGGCCAUUGGCAAUUUGGUCAUGGCCGUCGGGUUUGCGUCGGAUACCGACUUGCGCAGAAGAGUCUAUUUAUCAAUGUGGCAAGACUUGUUUACUGUUUCGACUUUGCUGCGAGAGAGCCUUUCGACAACACGAAGAUCAAUCAUUUCACCCUCGACGAGCCAUUCCCCGUGGAAGUGAGGGUGAGAGGGACAUCAUUCGCGGAACUGAUCAGGAAUUCCAGCACAAAUGUCGGAAAUGUCUGA